CCGUGAUUAAAGAGCCGUGACUGCCCGGCCGUCUUCCCGCGGCCUCAGGAGCACGCCACGGCCGCUGAGCACCGCACUGGAUCAAAGAUACGGUGCCAGCGCAAGCGAGCCGCCCCACGCCAGCCGUCGCGCCAAAAUCAGUCAGCUCUGAGGCAGGCGGAAACCGCAAGCCCGAGCGCGGCACGCCCGCAAACGCCGAGCGAGCGCGUAAAAAGAGGCGCCAACUACCACUAAAACACAACCGGGCCAAAAGGAAGCGAUGCCGCGCCCGGCCUACACCCCGCUCGACGUCGAGCAGCAAGAGGAGCGACCAACAGUACAAAUCCCGAACGUGCUGCGGAGGGAGGAGCCGUCGCGGAGCGCGAGACGAGGCCGACGACUUUUGAGAUUACUGCACGCCAACGACCCCUUGGUGGCCUUCUACUGCUCGUGUCUCGUUAACCUUCCCCAAAUUAUUGCAGUGAUCGUCGUCUUCGCGUACUUUAAUGAAAACAAAGUCUGUUCCGUAACGGCCCGGAGGCAGUGGCGCGCCUGGGGGAUUGUGCACGCUCUUCGAUUAACAGCCGGAACUUUGGUGAGUGCGGGCCGCGCCCGGUUAGCAGCGACCGCGGGACCGCCUCCGGAGCCCGAAGGCCGGCGACGUUUACGAGCACUGGCCGCCAACGCCCGGAACUCCCUGGAUGCAUUAGCGCUGAUCUGGUUCGUGGUGGGGAACAUGUGGUUACUUGGUAGCGUACCAUCUACUACAUCAUCAGGUGUCUGCCACGACGCGGGAAGAAGCCCAGUGUACGUCACCGAUGUAGCGAUGCUCGUCAUCCAGUACGCGCAGAUUUGUUUGCCGUGUUUGUUUGCCGUGGCGAUGGUGCCCGUCUUCUGCUUUUGCCUGCCGUGUGUGAUUCGGUUGUUGGCGGCGCUGCACGAUCCCCAACAUGGGCGAGGCGCGACACGGAGAGAUCUAGACAAAUUGCCGACUUGCCCCUUCAGUGCGGAUUUAGACCUACUGAAGGGCGAGGAGCCGUGCUGCCCCGUGUGUAUCUGCGACUAUGAAGAAAAUGACCGGUUGCGAGUCCUGCCCUGCUCGCACGUCUUCCAUGCGGACUGCGUGGACCAGUGGCUCGCGGUCAACGCGACGUGUCCCUUGUGCCGGAAGUCGAUCUUCGUGCCCGACAGCGACGUGGAGUCACCGACGCCGGGCGUAAACUUAACGUGACAUUAA